UCAUGAGCUAAAUGGAAGGAUCAACAAAAAAAAAAAAAAAGAAAAGAAAAAAUAGAUCCUUCUUUCUAAACUAUUAGCCAAAGAAAAAGAGUUAUGAUCAUGAUUUCUACUUCCCAUCUCUUCUCCUUCACUGCUUUCCUUUUACUUAUUUUUUCCUCCUCCUCCCAUGGCUCAAACACCCACAAUAUUAUUCAAGAAACAUGCAAGAAAUCAGCUGAGAGUAGCCCAAAUAUCAGCUACAAAUUUUGUGUUGCUUCUUUCGAAUCCGACAACCGCAGUCGCUCGGCAAAUCUUCACAAACUUGGCCUCAUUUCCAUGGAUUUGAUGCGACACAACAUAACAAGCACUCGACGAGAAAUCAAGAAACUGUUGAGGAACAAAAAAUUGGAAGAAUUCAUUAAGGGUUGUUUGAAGGAUUGUUUAGAGCUUUAUUCUGACGCUGUUCCAACGUUGAAAGAGGCAAAAAGAGAAUACAAAGAGAAGAAAUAUAAAGAUGCAAAUGUUAAGGUAAGUUCAAUUAUGGAAGCUCCAACAACUUGUGAAGAUGGGUUUCAAGAAAAACAAGGAACCAUUUCGCCAUUAACGAACAACAACAGUAAUGCGUUUCAAUUGGCAGCUUUGACUCUCUCCAUCAUCAAUAUGAAUAUGCAUCUCCAAUAAAAUAAUCAUUAUAUAUUUCUUUAUAUAUUUCUUUUCCUCAUAAAAUUUAUCUCAUUGGAGUACAAGAUAUAUUGUUUCUUAUGUAUUCCACUUUUUCUGAGUUUUUUUCCCCUCAAUAUAGCAAAACAUAUAGCAAAGUAAUAAAAAUGUGUGUGAGAUUGAGGAAAUUUUUUGGGGGUGGGUAUUAAUCUUAAAAGGUUACUUAGUUAUUACGUGUGACAAUUUUUUUUCUUUUCAAUUUAUUAUUAUUAUUUUUGCUAUGUGAUUAGGGAGGAUGCAUAAAGAUGAGUCGCGUGGUUCACUCACAUGAUCUUUUUAAGUUGAAAAAUACCUAUGUGCUUCUUAUGUUUUUGUGCAUUCUAUUAAGUUGUCAAAUUUUUCUUAUUUUUUUUUUAAAAAUAUAUAAAUUUAUUUAUUUGUGUGUUUGUAUGUGAUGACAGUGAGAUGCAUAAAGAUAAGUGCACAUUUUUUUUUUUUUUUGUAGUCCGUAUAAUCAUUAAAUAAAAUAUUACAUAUAUAAAUGUCUGAAAUGGUAGUUGAAAAAUUGGGUGAGCGGGAAAUUGAAAGUCGUGAUUACUCUCUUUGUUCACAUUAAAAUAGUAAAUAAAUGGAAGUAGUAUAAAAAAUUUUACUCUAGCGUUCAAAAAGCUUGGAAAAAACACUUGUGAAUAGUUGUAAGUUGGGUUUGAUGGAGAAAAUAUGGUAGGUAACCAAAACGUUGGUAAACAUAAAACAUAGCCUUUGUUGUCCUUGCCUUAAUCCAAUAUUCGUAUUAA